AUGGGUAGACUUAUGAGCAAAAAAGCAAAAAAGAUGUCUUCGACAACUGAAAGCAAGAAACUGAAGCGAAGUAAAGCUAAGAAACUGGAAACAAAACUCAAAAAGACGAAUUUCGUCCCAUCCGAUAUUUCACCUAUCCAGAAAAAGAAAAAUGCUCGCGUCGUUGAUAAGACUGAGAAUCAACUUGUGACAAAUCAACCAAAAAGUCGUCAUAUCCCCAGCAUUAAAAGCAAGGACGAGCUUAAAGAAGCCUCCAGUGAAAGUGAUUUUGAACAAAUCGAGGCGGACUGGAAUGCAGACGACCAAACAGAUAACGACGAGAAGCACAAUUGCUCAAGUAUUUCUAUGAUCACAGCUUACGCGGGCCUCAGCUGUCUGGAGUCUUCGGACGAUGACCUCAAAGAAUCUGAAGAUGAUAAAGAUGAAGAGUUAGGUGAAAAAGAUUUGAAUGCUUUGUUGAGUUCCAAUAAGAAACAGAUAAAACGGAUAAGCUGUUGCCCCAAGGAAGAUGUUUCAAAUGCAGCAGCAGUGCAUUCUAAAUCGACGAAAGACGCGAGUCCACGAUCAAAGAAGAUGAAGUUUGCAGACGAGUGCGAGGGUAGACUUAUGAGCAAAAAAGCAAAAAAGAUGUCUUCGACAACUGAAAGCAAGAAACUGAAGCGAAGUAAAGCUAAGAAACUGGAAACAAAACUCAAAAAGACGAAUUUCGUCCCAUCCGAUAUUUCACCUAUCCAGAAAAAGAAAAAUGCUCGCGUCGUUGAUAAGACUGAGAAUCAACUUGUGACAAAUCAACCAAAAAGUCGUCAUAUCCCCAGCAUUAAAAGCAAGGACGAGCUUAAAGAAGCCUCCAGUGAAAGUGAUUUUGAACAAAUCGAGGCGGACUGGAAUGCAGACGACCAAACAGAUAACGACGAGAAGCACAAUUGCUCAAGUAUUUCUAUGAUCACAGCUUACGCGGGCCUCAGCUGUCUGGAGUCUUCGGACGAUGACCUCAAAGAAUCUGAAGAUGAUAAAGAUGAAGAGUUAGGUGAAAAAGAUUUGAAUGCUUUGUUGAGUUCCAAUAAGAAACAGAUAAAACGGAUAAGCUGUUGCCCCAAGGAAGAUGUUUCAAAUGCAGCAGCAGUGCAUUCUAAAUCGACGAAAGACGCGAGUCCACGAUCAAAGAAGAUGAAGUUUGCAGACGAGUGCGAGAAUACCCUGGGAAAAAAUGAUAGUAGUGUCGAUAGAAAAUUUCCUGCUAUCGGUUGGACAAAUACGUCUUUUAUGCUGGAAGAAAUUAAGAAACGUGCAAUCGAACUUUCAUCUGCAACUGUGUAUGUGAGUCCGAUUCCAACAAAUGUCAAUGAAGCUAUGUUAAAGUCACUGUCACCAACCAUGGUGUCAUACAGACUAUCUAUCAAAUCUAAGAAAAGGGUCCCACGUCAAUAUGCAUUUUUGCAAUAUGCUGAUAUGGACGCGGCUGAAGCUGCCAGGAAAGCCAUUUCAGGUCGCCUGUUCGGAGGCAAGACUUUAGCUGCUCAUCCUAAUCGUUUGCCAUUUGCUAAUGAUUUGGCAAUACAAAACGUUGAUCGAAAUCAACUUUUUGUGACUGGUUUCAGUCCAUCUGUUACCAAAAGUGAACUAAUGCAUAUAUUCCCUAAAGGGAAUGUUGAUUUCCCAUUAACCAAAGAUGGAUUAUCCUGUGGCUUCGCCAUCAUUAAGUUUGUUAAUGAAAGUGUGGCAGCGGAGGCUUUCCUAUCUACACAUAAGAGGCUGGUUCGUGGUCUACCGAUAUUCGUGAAUUUUAUUAUAAAAACCUCUUUUCGUGAAGACCAUAAUAAACAGGAAGAAGCAGCUAGGAAUACCAAAUCCUCGAUGCUAGAAAAAGUAAACAAGGUUAAAGUAUCGUCUGGGCAAAAAAAUUCAUCUGAACCAUCGUUGACAAAUAAAACGUCACAUAGUGCAAAAGCAGCUAACAACUCUUCAAAACCGCCCGUGAAUUCAAAGGUUUUAGUGCAACAACUUCCACCUGAGCCUGAUGAGGAGACAGGAGAGCAUUCAGAAGACGAGUCGGGUGAUGAGAGCGAAGCUGAAGAAUUAGUAACAAUUCAUUGGCCUGCAAAAUCUUGUGCAAGCACAAGUGAUACAUUUUUACUAAAUGAUCUUACAAAACGUAAAACCCUUGUCAAAGAAAAACCCAAAUCCCCCGGUGAUGAUUCUUCGGAAAGUGAACAAGACAGUGAUGAAGAUGACGACGACGAUGAGUUCGAAUAUGAUGAAGAUGACGAGGAGGAAGACGACGUAGAUGACGAGGAGGAAAACGACGUAGAUGACGAGGAGGAAGACGACGUCGACGACGAGGAGGAAAACGACGUCGAUGACGAUGAGUUCGAAUAUGAUGAAGAUGACGAGGAGGAAGACGGUGAUGAUGCCAGCUUGGAUGGAAACAGUGAUGAAACGAGCGAAAACGAGGAUGACUCUGCGAUGUUAAAAAAGAAGACAACAAAACCUUCACCACAUCAUGAAAGUAGUUUGUUUUCAUCACCACAAUCGUUCGCUGAUGAGGCGGCUUGUGAUGAGAAUUCUGAUGAGGAAAUAGACAACGAAUUAAUGGCUGUUAUACGAGCUAAACGUAAUGCAAGUAAAUCAUUUAAAUCGUCUGCAGGUAAACGUACAUGGAGCUAUAAUAAUAAGCAAACUAUGAACCAUGCGAAAAAGGAUGGUGGGAAGAAAAUUAAACCGCAAAUGCUACGUGUACCCGUAAUCAAAAAGAAGUCAAAGGCUCAGUGA